GUUAUCAUUUAUAAUUUAUUCAGAUAUUUCUACCCGAAGUUCGUUGAAUCAUUGGUGACUUUAAAAAGAAUGUAUAUUUUAUUCUGCGUAGUAAUAACUCUGACUUGUUUUCCAAAUAUAUUCGGAACGGUUCCGCCUCAAUGCCAAUUGAGACGUAAUCAUUCCUCAGAUCCGAAUAUGGCACCACAAUUAGCUAAACCUGCUCCCAACUUUUCUGGAACCGCCGUUAUCAAUGGUCAAUUUAAAAAUAUCAAAUUAGACGACUUCAAAGGAAAAUACUUGGUUUUGUUCUUCUACCCGUUAGAUUUUACGUUCGUUUGUCCCACAGAAAUAAUCGCUUUCUCUGAUAGAGUUGAAGAAUUCAAAAAAAUCGGUUGCGAAGUCGUAGCUGCAUCAUGCGACAGUCAUUUCUGUCAUUUGGCCUGGGUGAAUACUCCAAGAAACCAAGGUGGUCUCGGUCAAAUGAAUAUCGCUUUGUUAGCUGAUAAAUCGGCGACCAUCGCCAAAUCAUACGGCGUCUACAACGAAGAAACUGGUAUACCUUUCCGUGGUUUAUUCAUCAUCGAUGACAAAGGUACCUUAAGACAAGUUACGAUCAACGACCUCCCAGUGGGAAGAUCUGUAGACGAAACACUCCGUUUAGUACAAGCAUUCCAAUUUACCGAUAAGCACGGAGAAGUUUGUCCCGCUAAUUGGAAACCGGGUAGUAAAUCUAUGAAACCAGACCCGAAAGGAGCUCAAGAAUAUUUCCAAAAUCAAUAAGCAUUCGAAUUGUUUGAAAAAACCUGGUGUCGUUUUUUUAUCUUUAAAAAAAAAAAGAUUUUUAUGUAUAGUUUUAAUCCUCAUCUUUUUAUGUUUUAAUCAUGUCUUUUUAUUUAAUUUAAAAUAGUGGAAAAAACUUAUUUAUUGUAAUUUGAAUGAACAGAGGUGUCGCGUUAAUUUAAACAGAAUCAUGUGUGCCACUUAGAAAUACAACAUUAUUUAAGCUCGCUAA